CUGGUCGCUUUGUCUUUCUGCGGAUGAUUGGAACCUAGUGAAUAUUUUUGUGUAGACCAGCUUCAAAGUGGGAAUUGUGUGGAUCAUCGGACUGUUUUAUUUGAACAGGAGAUUGAACACGUUUUGGAUUAUUUCUCUAAACAUGGGAGUCAAGGAUUUCUUUCUUCAGCGUCUGAUAUAUGUUUUUAUCGUUGUUGCUCAAACGCGCCUCGUCGACGGAGAUCUGAGCUAUUCUGUUCCAGAAGAGAUGAAACGCUCGUCUGUUGUUGGAAAUAUAGCAAAAGAUCUGAGCGUGGAUCCAAGGACGCUUUCUACACGGAGUGCCCGUGUUAAUGUUGCCGGGACACGUAAGCAGUACUGUGAGAUUAAUUUGAGCACUGGAGACUUGAUCACAUCGGAGAGAAUAGAUAGAGAAAGCCUUUGCGGGAAGAAACCAUCUUGCACUAUUAAAAUGGAUUUGGUGUUAGAAAAUCCUCUUGAGCUUCAUCGCAUUAAUAUUCAUAUUCAAGAUAUAAAUGACAACUCGCCAAAAUUCAAAAAUAAUUUGAUUGAAAUGGAAAUAAGCGAGUCGGCAGAAAAGGGCAGUCGUUUUUCCAUCGAGAAGGCUCAUGAUGCAGAUAUUGGGCAAAAUUCAGUUCAAAGAUACAGUCUACAAAGAAAUGCAAACUUUAUACUUGCUGUUGACAACAACAAAGUCGAGCUUGUUCUAGAAAAUAAGCUAGACCGAGAAAAGCAAAGUGAGAUGAAUUUGCUUCUCACAGCUUUAGAUGGCGGCUCUCCUCAGAAAUCAGGCACAGGAGUCAUACAUGUCACCGUGCUGGACGCUAAUGAUAACGCCCCAGUGUUCAGCAAAGCCGUUUAUAAAGCCAGUCUGCCUGAAAACUCGCCUCCAGAUACAAUGGUAGUUAAAGUUAGUGCAACUGAUGUUGAUGAAGGAGUGAAUGGGGAAGUGACAUAUGACUUUGGCCAUGGAGCUGAUGAUGAGGUGACUGUCUUUUCUAUUGAUCCAUUAACAGGUAUAAUUAGAAUAACUGGUUUAAUUGAUUUUGAGGCAGAAAUUUCAUUUGAACUUAGUGUACAAGCGAAAGAUGGUUUGGGACUGACCUCCUAUGCCAAAGUCUUAAUAGAUAUUACUGAUGUAAAUGACAAUGCUCCUGUGAUCAAUUUAAUGUCACUAACCAAUCCAGUACCAGAGAACGUUUCACCUGGCACAGAGGUGGGCAUCAUUAAUGUGCAGGACAGAGACUCUGAAAAAAAUGGACUUGUCCACUGCUCCAUUCAACAAAAUGUCCCCUUUAAGUUAGUUCCUUCUAUCAAAAACUAUUAUUCUCUGGUGACCACUGGACUUCUGGACCGUGAACUAGUGUCAGACUACAACAUUACAAUUGGCGCCACUGACGAGGGCUCUCCUCCUCUGUCCUCCUCAAAAAGUGUUCACUUGUCUAUGGGAGACAUCAACGACAACCCGCCCGUGUUUGAGGAACAGUCCUACAGUGCAUACAUGAGUGAAAAUAACAAAGCUGGCUCCACCUUAUGCUCUGUCAGUGCUAAAGACCCUGACUGGAGACAGAAUGGCACUGUGAUUUAUUCCCUCUUACCUGCUGAGGUGAACGGCUCCCCGGUGUCCUCCUACGUGUCUGUCAACGGAGACACGGGGUCGAUCCAUGCCGUCAGGUCCUUCGAUUACGAACAUCUGAGGAGUUUUCAAGUACACGUGAUGGCCAGGGACAACGGUUCUCCUCCGCUGAGCAGCAAUGUGAGCGUCAGUGUGUUCAUCUGGGAUGUGAACGACAAUUCUCCUCAGAUCCUUUACCCGGCCCCGGAGGGCAACUCCUUCAUGACCGAGCUGGUCCCCAAAGGUGCACACGGAGGCUCUGUGGUGUCCAAAGUUAUCGCGGUGGAUGCUGACUCGGGACAGAACGCCUGGCUGUCCUAUCACAUCCUCAAGUCCACAGAUGCGGGACUUUUCACCAUCGGUCUCCACAGCGGAGAGAUAAGGACCCAGCGGGACAUUUCUGAGUCUGACAGCAUGAAGCAGAACCUGAUUGUGGCCGUCAAAGAUAACGGACAGCCCCCUCUCUCAGCCACCUGCUCCAUGUAUUUACUUAUCUCGGACAACUUGGCAGAGGUGCCGGAGCUGAAGGACAUUUCUUACGACGAGAAGAACUCCAAGCUGACCUCUUAUCUGAUCAUUGCGCUGGUGUCUGUGUCCACCUUCUUCCUGACCUUCAUCAUGGUGGUCCUGGCUGUGAGAUUUUGUCGCAGGAGAAAGCCUAGACUGUUGUUUGAUGGAGCAGUUGCCAUCCCCAGCGCAUAUCUGCCUCCUAAUUAUGCAGAUGUGGACGGUACGGGAACUUUACGCAGCACCUACAACUAUGACACCUACUUGACAACAGGCUCCAGAACCAGUGACUUUAAGUUUGUGUCUUCUUACAACGAUAACACGCUACCUGCUGACCAGACACUGAAGAAAAGCCCAAGUGACUUUGCUGAUCCUUUUGAAGAUAUUGUUGCGACUGAAGAGGGCUGA